CGCGCGACGGGCGACGGGGGACGACCGCGCGUGGGACGCGUGCGCGGAGUGGCGCGCGCGCGCGCCGCCGAGCGCGGAGACCUUAGGGUUGCUGGAUGCCUCGAUAUUCGCCCUGGCGCUCCCGGGGGUGGCGGAGCUGUUGUUAGAUCCGGUGAUGGGGGCGGUGGACACGGCGUUCGUGGGACGACUGCGCGUCGACGGCGCGGCGGACGCCCUGGGGGGGUUGGCGGUGAGCACGACGUGCUUUACGUUUUGUUAUAAGCUGUUUAACUUUUUAGCCGUCGUCACGGGACCGCUCGUCGCGGCGAAGAUAUCGGCGAACGGCGGGCGGGCGUCGGAGGAGGGACGGCGGGCGGCGAAGCGGACGGUGGGGAGCGCGAUGCUCCUGGCGCUCACCUGCGGGUUCGUCACGAUGGGGGUGAUGGAGGUGUUUACGGAUGAUUUGUUACGGUUUUGUGGCGCGCAUCACGAGCCGUUGAUGAUGUCGAGCGGGGACGUGAUGGCGUACGCGGAUGCGCCGACGAAGAAGGGCAUCUUGGAGUACGGGGAGGAUUACUUGCGAAUUCGCGCGGCGUCCAUCCCGGCGAGCUUGAUUGUUUUUGUCGGCGUCGGCGCUUUCAGAGGUUUGUUGGACACGCGCACGGCGCUCAACGUCGCGAUUUUGACGGAGAUCUUCCACCUCGGCCUCGACCCGUUUCUCAUAUUCGGUCUCGGCCCGUUUGAGGGGUUCGACGUCGCGGGCGCGGCGACGGCGACGACGGUGUCCGAGUGGAUCGGCGCCCUGUGGUUCGUCAAGCUCAUGAUGGACGAAGGGAUAUUAGACUUUCAAUCUGUCUUCAGACUUCCGGACAAGGAGAGCGAGGACAUCGCCGCUUUGGCGUCGGGAUCGACGUCGCAGCUGCUGCGGACGAUUUUAUUGCAAGCCGUGCUCGUUCGCGCGACGUCCACGGCGGCGGAUUUAGGCGCCGCCGGGGCGCAUCAGGUGUGCUUACAGGCGUGGUGGAUCACGCUCUUCGGACUGGAUUCCAUCGCCAUCAGCGCACAAGCGUUGGUGGCGAACAGUCUCGGAAAGCGGGACGUCUUGGGCGCUCGCGUCGCCGCCGACAGGGCGCUCAAUUGGGGACUAGGCGCCGGAGUCCUCGUCGGCGUCGUCGUCUUCGCCAGCGCCGAGCGAUUGCCGUAUUUAUUUACCAACGAUCCCGUGAUCGCGGCCGAGGCGGUGACGCCGAUUCGGAUUUUAGCUCUCUUACAGCCCCUGAAUUCGGCCGUGUUCAUCGGCGACGGCGUGUUCCAAGGAAGCGCCGACUUUGAUUUUCUCGCCAAGGCGAUGGCGAUAUCCGCCGGAGCGGGCAUACUUGCCCUCGGCGCUGCGGGAAGCGUCGAGGGUAGUACUCUCACCUCGGUGUGGCUAGGCAUGGCUGUUUUGAUGUUCGGUCGAGCGACGACGCUCGGAUGGCGGUAUUAUAAAGACGAAGAGUCCCCGCUCGCUUUGAGCGCGUCUGAGUGCGUCCUUUAUUACGACGACAUUACCGACGUCGACGCCGACGACGUCGUCGUCGUUGAGGACGACGCCAACGACGUGAGUCGACCGGGUCUUUAA